CGGAGGUCGAGAGAGGGACAGAUGGGAUCCACACACACACACCGGAAAACGGCACAAGCCACUCCGUGCAGAAUUGAUCACGACUGAGACACAGAGAGAAACAGAGCGACACUCAAGCAUGGAAGAACAGGAAAGGGAGAAUCAAUGACAGCGACACGGAGGAGAGAAGAUGCCAAGGAAUAAGCCGGAUGGGAUUUGGAAACCUGGGCAUCACACACGCUUUUGAAAAGAACGUCCUGAGGAUUGUCACUGCAGUUUGCUCGCACUCUUGGGAAGUUUCUGAUGUUCCUGUUCUGUUCCUGUUACAGGAAAAGGAUGAUGUGAGUGACACAAGCAAAAAACAAAAAAACAAAACAAAACAAAACAAAAAAACCCUCAAGGACAAAUAUGAGACAUAAAAGUCAACCUGAAGAGGUGCAUUGCCCAAUCCUACCCUGUGAAGAUAUGUACACCAGAGAGGACUAUGCUUUCAAGGUCUGAGUUAGAAGGUGGGGCAUUAAAGGUCUCGUGACAUCUUCUCUUGGGUCAGCCUGAAAACUUAACAUUUUAUUUGCCUGGCUAUUUUUAGGGCAAAUAGAUGCUUUCUUGUCCAUGAAACCAUGAUGCAGACUUCUACAACAUACUCACAAGCUUUCCUUGCCAAAGUUUCAUACUCGAGUGUAUACCAACUCUCUACAAUGUGUGUCUCUACUAUCUUAAACUGUGCAAGGUCACCAAGGUUGCUCAUUGAGAGUCUACGUGCCCCUGUGAACUAAUGGGGCUGAUGUUUAAGAUUCACCUAGUCCCUCUCUUGCACAUAAAGACAUUUGCUUAUAAAAACUCUUUGGGCCAAAACCAGAAUCUACUCUGACAGGAUUAGUGCACAGACUUGUACAAAAAUUCUCAGUCAUGUGACCAGAAGAAAGGACCAGUCACAUGCUCUACUGCCAUCGGCUGGUCUAUUUAUUAUUUAUUUGUUUAUCAUGUUAAGUGAAAGUGUGCAACAUGUCAACUAUUCUGAGUGCUGUAACUGAUUUUUUAUUCUAAUUACUUGAUCAUUUGCAUUGAAAAAAAAGAAAAGAAAAAAAAAAGGCAAAAUUGUAUUUACAUCUAUGGUUCAUGAACUACUGUCGGAUAACAUGGUGAGCAAAGAGCCCAAUCAUUUGCCAACUGUUCGCAGCCACAACAAUGGCAACCCAGACAAAACACCCACCACUGUGACUGUGCGCUCUGUACUGCUCAACCGGAAUUCUCCGGAUAUUGAGAGCAGACUUAAGCGCAGACGAAACCGCACACAGCAGGUACGCUUUAAAGAUCUGGAGGAUGAUGGUGAGUCCAAGGAUAAAAAUGAGAAAGUGAGGAGCAAGAGCCCAACAGAGGUGCCAAACUGGCAAAAGGAGUUGACUAAUGGGCCCUCUCUGGUGGGAUCAGUCUGUGGGGACAUGGAAAAGACAAUAGGGGCAGUGACUGCAUUUUUGAAGAGAGCGCCACCACAUCCACUUACUCCUGGGCCCACCAGACGCUGCUGGGUCCCAACGCAUCCAUGUUCGCUCACACUGCCGCUACCAAGUCAGCCAUGCAGGAGUACAGCCAUCCAAACCUCACCCAGCUUGCAGAAACCUCCCUCACUCUCCGCCACACAGACUCGCAGUCACAGCCUGGGAGGAGGCUGGGAUGAUGAAGAUCCCACCCUUGAGCUGAUCGGACAGGUCAACUAUCCAUCUUGUAGAUCACAGAAAAGCCUAGACCAACCAUGUACUCCCACUGAGCAAUCAAGGUGCCAAACAACUGAGGACAAUCUAACUGCCUCUUUGAGUACAGCAACACCACAACUCCAGCCAUGUUCCUCUGCACCACAAAAACAGUAUAGAAGGAGGGGGCGGAGGAAGUUUUUAAACAGAGCAGCAAGUGAUCCUGGGAAACCCAAGCCUCCUUGUACUUCCCCAACAAAAACUUCACCCACUAACAAAAUCCACCAAGAGUCUAACCAAUCCAAGAAAGCCCCUUCCAACUCCAUGGCUCACAGAACGUCAUUGUCAGAUCUGGUACCUCCACAGCAUUCCCCAACCCCCAACUUGGUCCAUAAUAUGCCAUCUAGUGUCUCCUCCACACAGACUGAACCAAGCUGUUAUUCUAAAGACCAAAUGGUCCAAGACACCACCAAGGCGCCUUUCCAAACAAGUCUUUCCAACAGUACUUCUGUAUCUCCAGAGAUAGAACCUGCUUCUUGCCCAUCUCAAAUGGCACCAUCCCCUCUGCCAACCUCUCAAACUUCUUCCACUUGUCCCAAAGAAACUCCAAAUGCACCAAUACAAAGUUGCCCACUGCUGGCUGUAGUUGCCUGUGCCUCUUUGUCACAAACAGAGCACGUCAGUUUUGCCCAAACUCCAUCAGAGCCUUUGUGCUCUUCAACAGCACAAGUCAUGUCCACAGUCACCACAUCCACAACACACGGCCAAUCAUGCAUGUCUCCUACUGUAACUACUCGCCGUUGUUGCAUGCCUGCUGUUCAAACCAUGGCAAAUCGGAAUACUCUCCCAAUUCCUGAGUCCCACUGCUUUCUUGAUUCACAAACAGAUCCUACAACACCUGCUCAAUCCAAGCCUUGUUGCCAGACAUUGGAGGAAGCCAUUCUAUGCUCCAGCAAUGCAAGCCAAAAGGAAGCUUCCUGUUUUCAAGGAGUACCUGCUGUUGCCUCAACAAUCAGCAAAAAGACUCCAACACAGACAUGCAGUAAUGCCCCUCAUCAACCUUUCAACUCUGUAAUAUCUCCAACACAAGCUAUAAUUCCUAUUCAGUCUUCUACUCCUACUCCUGUGCAAACUACUACUAUGACAUCCACACACACUUUAACACCUAUUCAAGCUACACUAUCUUGUAAAAUUCCCAUACAGUCUAUACCAUACUGUGCCCAAGACAAACCAGGUUCCACAACAACCUUUAGCUCUCCUACACAACAUGCACCAUCUCAUAAUAUUCCAACACAAACACUCCCUCACAGUGUGAGGCCAUUUCCUCGGGGGACACCCUGUGCCAUUGCUCCACACAUUGCAUCACACUUUAAGGGUCCUGUUCUAUCUGCGGCAAACAUGUGCAUUUUGGAUUCUCAAAAUGUGCCCGUUCUUAUUUGCAGCCCUUCCACAGAACCUGUGCCAGGUAAACUCACCACUGUACAAACAUUGCCACACUGCAACUCUAAUGUGCAAAAUGCAGUGUCUUGCAGCAACCCCUCUCAAAUACUGCAAAACUUUAAGACUCCAACACAAACAGUUCCACACUCCAAGUCAUUUCUUCAAAAUAUGUCACCUAUUCUUGGUCCAUGUGAGCCUGUGGUGUACAAUAGUAAUCCCCAGAAAACUGUGCCUCCCUCUGCCAAUUUCAGGCAUUCCUUACCUCCGUAUGCUUGCCCUCCACAGACUGCUCUGCUGUACUCUAACAGUGGGACGAGCUCUUCUCCUCCUCAGGCCUUCUGCACUCAGGACAGACGAGACCGGAGAGAGUUUAUGCUUCCUCCACCACCUCCUCCACCUCCUCCAUACACGCCCCGCAAAGAGGGCUCCUCAACUCCAAGACAACCCAGCAAGCCUCCUGUCUCCAAAGUUGAGAACAACAACACGGAAAAGGACAGAGGGAAAACUAGGGUCACAAAGCUAAAUGCUGAAGCAAGUACUCGCCAUAAGGGAGGUGAAACUCCACCUCCUAUCCCUCCCAAAACUAAGGCAAGAGCUACAGUGAGGCCCACCUGUGUAAGCGGUCGACAUGCAGUCCUUGGCCCUGAAUCCCAGUCCAAUGCAAACAACCUGCCCCCUCCUGCAGGGAUGAACCCCCAGGCCCCUCUUGUACCAGCGGAGGGCCAGGCAGACACACUGCGGCAGGUGCAGGAGUUGCUGGGAGGGCUCAUGUCUGGGGCUAAGUGUAAGCUGGACCUAGCAAAGGCAAAAGAGAAACUGUUUGGCCCAAAUGGCCCUCUGUAUGACAUUGGGACUCUGCAGUCUCAGCUACACAGCCUGGAAGGGGUGCUGGAGACUAGCCAGAACACAAUCAAGGUUUUACUGGACGUCAUUCAGGAUCUAGAGAAGAAGGAGGCCGAGCGAGAUGGAAGACACUCGUACCGAACAGGACAGGACAUAGAGAACUGUGGCACCUGCAGAGACUGUGCCUGUAUUAUAUACAGUGUGGAGCAUGACUUCCGGCUUCAGGAGGGUCAGGUGACGCGGGUGUGGAAGGUUCCGGAGCAGCAGGAAUCAGAGCAGAGUUCUCCUCAGCUCAUCUUUCCUCCUCAGCGUCAACAGGACUCACCGCAGGCCCUGCAGACGGUCAAGAAGAGCCGCAGGAAAUGCUUCUGGUUCCUCUGAGCUCUCAGUUAGCAGGAUGUGACUUCAUUAGUCAACACAAGCACCGUUUGAAACCGACACCGAGCCUCUUACCUUCAGGUCCACCAAUUAUUCUCUUUCAGAGAUGCUUUAUCCACUGGACAUCUCUUGACUUGGAGCCUUUGUUUAUAUUAAGUCAGCAUAAUGUCUUCUGUCAUUUUCACAGAAGGUACAUUUUUAAACUGAGAUUAAUGUUAGGCCAGGUUUACAGUCCACGGAGAGAGUUAAUUUAUGUCUCAAAAACUCAUUCCCUUUAAAGGGUUAAAGGGAAUUAAUAUUCUGUUAUUAUUUACUCACCCUCAUAUUGUUCCAAACCCAUAUGCUUUAGUUUUCCAUGAAACACAAUAGGAGAAUUUUUGAAGAAUCCUCAUUUAAAAAACUUGUGUGCUACAUUUAGGGUUGUAAAUUGUUUGCCAAGCGAAUAUGGGACACUUGAGUGUUUUGAGUGCUUCAAUAGGGGAUGGGGGUUCCCCCUUAAAGGUAUAGUUCACCCAAAUCUCAUCAUUUACUCACCCUCAUGCCAUCCCAGAUGUGUAUGACUUUCUUUUCAUCUGCAGAACACAAUUGAGGAUUUUUAGAAGAAUAUUUCAGCUCUGUAGGUCCAUA